UGAAUCGAUUAUGCUGAAAUCCAUUAGCUUGCACGCGCCUGACUAUUUGUUUCGAUUGCUUAUGCCUGGCCUGCAACACCGAAGCGUCUGAUCUGAUGGUGUUGUCUUUUUGCCAUGGCCGAAAGCACGGGGGAAGGGGAUAAAGAAGGACCUUUUUACCGACAACGAGUUAAAUGCUCACCCGAAGAGGAAGCAAGACUCGAAAGGCAACAUUUUUGGAAAGUCAUCGAUGCAUUUAGACAUUACAGAGUCCAUGUGCGGGAGCGGGUCAACCGCGCCGAGCGCCACUUCCGUUACCUUCCGCAGCAUCACCAGCAGCUGGUGCCCAACUUCCUGUCCAACCUGGACAGGAUCCGGCAGUGCGUCGACCACAACCACGACGUGCUGCAGGCCAUCGUGCACAACUGCAUCCACAUGUUUGAGAACAUGGAGUACGGCCAAUACGAGGACCAGAGGAAAGCACGUCCAACGUCCACGUUCGACAUGGACAAGCUCAAGUCCACCAUCAAACAGUUUGUGCGCGACUGGAGCGAGGUCGGCAAGGCAGAGAGGGACUCUUGUUACGCCCCCAUCAUCCAGGAGAUACAAAAGCAGUUUCCACUCGACAAAUGUGAUGUGUCGAAGGUGAGCGUGCUGGUGCCAGGUGCGGGGUUGGGCCGGCUGGCAUGGGAGAUCGCUAGUCUGGGCUACACCUGCCAGGGCAACGAGUGGAGCUUCUUCAUGCUCUUCUCCUCACACUUUGUACUCAACAGGUGUGAGAAUGAGAACUCGAUGACGUUGUACCCCUGGGUGCACCAGUUCAGCAAUAACAAGCACUCUUCGGACCAGAUCAGGCCCAUCGCCUUCCCGGACGUCAACCCCCAGAGUUUGCCCCACGACUCCAACUUCUCCAUGGUGGCCGGGGACUUUCAAGAGGUCUACACGGAAGAAGAUGCCUGGGACUGCAUAGCCACCUGCUUCUUUAUCGACACUGCCCACAAUGCCCUGGACUACAUAGAGACCAUCUGGAACAUCCUCAAGCCUGGUGGCAUCUGGAUCAACCUAGGGCCCCUCCUGUACCAUUUUGAGAACAUGGCCAAUGAACUGUCCAUCGAGCUGAGCUACGAAGACAUGAAAGCUGCCAUCUUGAAAUAUGGAUUUGAGUUGGAGAGUGAGAAAGAAUCCGUCCCCACGACGUACACAGAAAACGAGCGCUCCAUGCUUAAGUACCUGUACGACUGUGUGUUCUUCGUGAUGCGGAAGCCGGUCCAUCUAGCCAACGGCCAACGGGAUGAAGGAGAGGAUUUCAUGAACCGCCACCAGGAGCCAACAGAAUCAACAGAAACCACCAAUCAGACAACCACGUGACCCAGGCUCACCAAUCAGGAUUGGCCAGUUUGAAAUCGUCUGGCUGGGUAGUGGCUUUGAAAGCAGUUACAUUUGGGGCUUGAAAUGUUGAUGUGUGUGCAUGUAAUGAUGAUGUGCAUUGCUGACUUUGGCAUGCCUCUCAUCUACGAAUGUCAGUUGUACCACAUGGGAAGUGUGUGUGUGCGUGUGUGUGUGUGAGAGAGAGAGAGAGAGAGAGAGAGAGAGAGAGAGAGAUACAGAUACAGAUACAGCAAUGUUAGUUCCAAAUUCCAUGUCACCUUUCCAAGUCUAGAUAGCCUCGGUUUUAAUUCAGCCAGUAGUCAGCCAGUAGUCAGCCAGACGAUUUCAAAGCAAGCCCAGUGUCAUAAAGAAUAACAUUGCUCUAGAUGAUUGAAGCUUAUCUACAGCAUAAGCCAAUGAUUCCAGUCAUGUGUGUGUGUGUUUUUUCUCCAUGGAGAACCAAAUCAUCUUUUAUAUUAUGAAGAAGCCAAACCGGACUUAAACUAACCAAUGGUGUGUGUGCGUGUGUUUUUUUAACUUGUCUAUGGAUAUAUACGCCAUGUUUAGGUGCCUCUUAUCACGAUGAUGUAAUUGUCUUGGCCUCCAUUUCGGGGUGUGCUACUCUUGCACACGUCUCGGUUGGAGGACACACUUAAGUCUGUUUUUAUUUAUAUUCUUACAGUUUGUCCACAGAGACUCUAAAAGGGGGGUUAAAGAAUAUAUGGUGUGUAUGGAUUGGUAUGUUGUGUAGCCAGUGUGAUGUGUUGAUUUAUAGUUGUGAGCAGCUGGCCAUCACCAUAUGAAUUGAUUUUAAUGUCUCAGUAGACGACUGUAGUGUACAAUGAUUAAUUUCUGUAGCUAAAAAGGAUAUCAUGAGCAACGUUACAAUAAAGCAAAUGUUUUUUU